AUGGUCCCCAAUGAAACCCAUCAGUAUAAGGGGCUUAUCCUCUUGCUUAAGCAUUUUGGAUGGACGUGGGUUGGGCUUUUUGCUGUGAAUAAUGACCGUGGAGAAUAUUUUUUACAGACCCUUGAGCCUUUGCUUUCUCAAAACAGAAUUUGCUCAGCAUUCACACAAAGAGUUCCACAACUUCCUCGUUUUGAUAAAUGGGGUGACCUGUAUGCUAUGCUGAAAAGCUUUUAUGUAAGCUGUACAGAUGUUAAAGCCAAUACAUUUAUUCUCUACGGAGAUGUUUUAACAAUUAUGUGGGUGAGAUUUCUUUUAUUUGCACGAGAUCCUGGGAAAGUGUGGAUCAUGACAACCCAAAUUGAUUUAACAUUAUCAGGCUUACAAAGGAACUGGGAUCUUCAGCCUUUCCAAGGUGCCAUUUCUUUCACAAUUCAUUCGGAAGAUCUCCCAGGAUUCAAGGAAUUUCUUCAGAGCAGGAAACCUUACUGGACCCAGGGAAAUGGCUUUGUCAAGAACUUUUGGGAGCAAGCAUUUGACUGCAUAUUUCCAAAACCUGGAGUGCCAGUGGAGGUGAAUGAAACAUGUACUGGAGAGGAGAGGCUGGAGAACCUUCCUUGGCCUCAGUUUGAAAUGGGUGUGACCGGUCACAGCUACAAUAUCUACAAUGCUGUCUUUGCUGUGGCUCAUGCUUUGCAUGCUGUUUACUCAGUUAGAUCCAAGCACAGAGCAGAGAUUGGCAGCAAAAGAUCGGAACUUCUAAGUCUGCAGCCUUGGCAGCUCCAUCCAUUUCUUCAAGCUGUCUCUUUUAACAACAGUGCUGGAGAAUCAAUCUUUUUUCAUGACAAAAGGAAAGCGGGGAAUGGAUUUGACAUUGUGAAUAUGGUCACAUUUCCAAACAAGUCUUUAUUUCAGGUGAAAAUUGGAAGGGUGGAUCUUAAGGCCCCUGAAGGAAAAGCAUUCAUCCUUAAUGAAGAUCUAAUUGUGUGGCAUGCAAGUUUUAAUCAGGUGCUGCCUGUUUCUGUGUGUAACAGCUGCUGCUCCCCUGGUCAUCAGAAGAAAAGGAAGGAAGGAGAAAAAUUUUGCUGCUAUGAUUGUGCUCCAUGUCCAGAAGGGAAGAUUUCAGACCAGAAUGAUAUGGAUGACUGUUUCAAAUGCCCAGAAGACCAAUAUCCAAACAGCAACAAAACUGGAUGCAUCUCCAAAACGAUCACAUUUCUUUCUUAUGAAGAACCCUUAGGAAUCAGCUUAGCAUCAAUUGCUCUGUCUUUUUCCACACUCACAAUUUUAGUGUUUUUAGUUUUUGUGAAGCACAGAGAUACCCCAAUUGUCAAAGCCAACAACCGAGAUCUCACCUACACUCUCCUCAUCUCUCUACUGCUCUGCUUUCAAUCUUCUUUGCUAUUCCUUGGCAAACCAGGGGAUAUGGCUUGCUUUCUCAGACAGCCUUCUUUUGGCAUCAUCUUCUCCAUGGCUGUUUCUUGUGUGCUGGCCAAAACCAUUACUGUAGUUGUCGCUUUCAUGGCCACCAAGCCAGGGUCCAGCCUGAGGAAGUGGGUGGGGAAAAGACUGGCCAACACCAUUGUCCUUUCCUGCUCCCUCAUUCAGGCAAGUCUUUGCACUCUCUGGUUGGCAACUUCUCCCCCAUUCCCAGAUUUAGACAUGCACUCACUAAUGGAAGAAAUCACUGUGCAAUGUAAUGAAGGGUCCGUGACCCUGUUUUCCUGUGUUUUGGGCUACUUGGGUCUCCUGGCUUCCCUCAGCUUCCUGUCAGCAUUCCUGGCCCGCAAAUUACCUGGCAGUUUCAAUGAAGCCAAGUUCAUUACCUUCAGCAUGUUGCUCUUCUGCAGUGUUUGGCUCUCCUUUGUCCCAACCUACCUAAGCACCAAAGGGAAGUACAUGGUGAUGGUGGAGAUCUUCUCCAUCUUGGCCUCCAGUGCUGGGUUACUCGGCUGUAUCUUUGCCCCUAAAUGCUACAUUAUCAUUUUCAGGCCUGAGCUCAACAACAAAGAACAACUAAUAAGGAGAAAGAAUUAA